UUUUCGUGCUGAAUUUGCAAUUUUAUUUUACAUCGAGUAAUUUGAUUCAAAGACGUGUCCAAGUGAAGACAUUCAAAAAUAAAUUGCUGUAUAUCUACUCAUUUGUUAACAUAGGAGCAGUGUAACAAGAUGGUGAAACUUAUAAGAUCCCGAUAUAUGUUAUUGCCCGUGAUUAUACCUGGAAUGAUGCUUAUGUUUUUUGGAAGUCGAUUAUCUAUUUCGAUAAACAAACAAGAGUACUCGGCAAGCAGGACUACGCUUCCAUACAUAUAUAGCAAUAAACAAGAAAGGAACAAACUUGUGGAUAUGAUUGAAACUAAAGAAAAACCUCAGGACACUAUCAAAGGCAAAAACAUUCGACAGAUACUAUUCAUAAACAAACCAGUCUGGAUCGACAUUGCAAAAGCAAAUGAGUACUUAAGAAACAAGUGUCACUUUAAAAACUGUGUUAUGACAAAUAAAGUUAACAACAUAUCUCAGAUGUCAGCAGUAGUCUUCAGUACGCCAGAACCACUUAAAUAUGGUAGCUCAUAUUUGAAAAACAAACGUCCAUAUUCGCAAGUCUGGGUCUUUAUGACUUUCGAGCCUCCGGCAGGUAGACCAUCGUGGUACAGAGACCCAGUUUGGAAAAACAGCAUGAACUGGUCGUGGGGAUACACACUAGACUCGGAAAUAUUUCGGCCUAAUCAGGUAUUAACUACAAGAGAUGUGUUACCGUACCGUAAUUACGAUAUUAUCUUUAAACGAAAAAAGAAACUUGCGGCUUGGGUUGUGAGUCACUGUCAUGCUCAGAGCCUUCGAGAUGAAUAUGUGCAUACACUUAUUCAGGAAGGUGUACAGGUGGAUAUUUUUGGAAAAUGUUCAAAGAACAAAACAAGAGUAAGUCGGGAAGACAUUCAUCGACUAAUUAAUGAAGACUACAAAUUUUAUUUGUCAUUCGAAAACAAUUUUUGUAAAGAUUACGUUACAGAAAAAUUUUUUACUUACCUAGGUUUGGACACCAUUUUAGUUGUUCGAGGAGGACUAAAUUAUUCGGAGCAUUUUAAUCAGAACGCAUUUAUUGAUACUUCGUCAUUUUCUACAGUGAAAUCAUUAGCAAGCUAUAUGUUGAAGGUCAGUCAGGACAUGAAACUAUACACCAGAUAUUUACAAAACAAAGACGUAUAUAAUAUUGCAGAUUCAAAGUUGAAUGCCAUGCAUGAAUCAGAAUGUAGACUGUGUGAAAGGAUAAAUAACCAAGAACAAUAUAAAAAGACAUACGAAGACAUUGCAACAUACCUACACAACGGAACAUGUUUCAAUCCAGAUAAAAUAGUUUAAUUGAUGCAAAAUUGCUUUCCUAUAAAGCUUCCUUCAGAAAGAGUGAAAGCAUGAAAAAUUUAUAGAUACAUAUCGAACACUUUAAACCUAGCCGUCAGUUACUUUAUUUUAUUUUUUCUCAAAAAUACUCUUUUUCGUUUACAUUAAUAUUUUUUCCCAACACUUUUUAGCUCCACUAUUCGGGGAAUAGGGUGGCUAUUCUACUCGCCCAGGCGUCGGCGUCGACGUGACUUUUCUUGGUUAAAGUUUUUCGGCAACCAUUUUUUUCUGUCAUAUCUUUGUUACUAUUGCAUAUGUCUUACUGUAACUUCACAGAAACAUUGUCCAGCAUACAUACAAAGUAUGUGCAGGGGCUGGGCAUAUUAUACAUAAGGUCAAGGUCACCAAUGUGUUAUACUUAGGUUAUUUGUAAGUUUUUCUGCAACCUUUGUUCUUCUGUGAUAUCUUUGUUACUAUUGCUUAUAUCAUUGUUCAGCACACAAACAAGGUAUGUGUAGGGGCUGGGCCCAUUUUACCCUAGGUCAAGGUCACCAAUUGCUAUACUUAGGUUAUUUUUAAGAUUAAAGUUUUUCGGAAACCUUUGUUUUUCUGUCAUAUCUUAGUUACUAUUGCUUAUAUCUUACUGUAACUUUAUAUAACCAUUGUCCAGCAUACAAACAAAUUAUAUGCAGAGGCUGGGCCCAUUAUACCCAAGGUCCAAGUUACCAAGGUGUUAUACUCGGGUUAUUUUAAGGUUAAAAUUUUUCAGCCGCCUUUGCUUUUCUGUUGUAUCUUUGUUACUAUUCCUUAUAUCUUACUGUAAGUUCACAUAAACUUUUUUUCUGCAUGUGUGGUAACAAUCCAAAUAACUCUAAUUUGUGUUCUAUGCCCCUUGGUGUAUCUUCUUUUCAAAAGUAGAUGUCUCUUAUUGAAACAUAUUUAUACCCCCACCAAACAUGUUUGAGGGGGGUAUAUAGGAGGCAGUUUUGUCGCGUCCCGUCGCGUCGCGUCGCGUCGCGUCGCGUCCUGUCCCGUCGCGUCCCAAAAUCUAUUAUCUCAGUUAUUAUGUCUCCCCCAGGAGACAUAUUGUUUUUGCCCUGUCCGUCCGUCCGUCUGUCCGUCCGUCCUUCCGUCCGUCCGUCCGUCCGUCCGUCCGUACGUCACACAUCAUUUCCGAGCAAUAACUUUGUAGGGCUGAUGGAGUAGACGACCCCUAUUGUUUCUGGGGUCACUCCGUCAAAGGUCAAGGUCACAGGGGCCUGAACAUUGAAAACCAUUUCCGAUCAAUAACUAGAGAACCACUUCACCCAGAAUGUUGAAACUUCAUAGGAUGAUUGGCAAUGAAGAGUAGAUGACCCCUAUUGAUUUUGGGGUCACUCCGUCAAAGGUCAAGGUCACAGGGGCCUGAACAUUGAAAACCAUUUCCGAUCAAUAACUAGAGAACCACUUGACCCAGAAUGUUGAAACUUCAUAGGAUGAUUGAUCAUGAAGAGUAGAUGACCCCUAUUGAUUUUGGGGUCACUCCAUCAAAGGUCAAGGUCACAGGGGCCUGAACAUGGAAAACCAUUUCCGAUCAAUAACUAGAGAACCACUUCACCCAGAAUGUUGAAACUUCAUAGGAUGAUUGUACAUGCAAAGUAGAUGACCCCUAUCGAUUUUGGGGUCACUCCAUUAAAGGUCAAGGUCACAGGGGCCACUUGACCCAGAAUGUUGAAACUUCAUAGGAUGAUUGGACAUGCAGAGUAGAUGACCCCUAAUGAUUUUGGCGUCACUCUGUGAAAGGUCAAGGUCACAGGGGCCUGAACAUUGAAAACCAUUUCCGGUCAGUAACUUGAGAACCACUUGACCCAGAAUGAUGAAACUUCAUAGGAUGAUUAGUCAUGCAGAGUAGAUGACCUCUAACGAUUUUAGGGUCACUCUGUUAAAGGUCAAGGCCACAGGGGCCUGAACAUGGAAAACCAUUUCCAAUCAAUAACUUGAGAACCUCUCGACCCAGAAUGUUGAAACUUCAUAGGAUGAUUGUUCAUGCAGAGUAAAUGACCCCUAUUGUUUUUGGGGUCACUUCGUUAAAGGUCAAGGUCACAGAGGCCUGAACAUUGAUAACCAGUUCUGAUCAAUAACUUGAGAACCACUUGACCCAGAAUGUUGAAACUUCAUAGGAUGAUUGAACAUGCAGAGUAGAUGACCCCUAUUGAUUUUGGGGUUAGUCUAUUAAAGGUCAAGGUCACAGUGGCCUGUUCAUUUAAAAUCAUUUUUUGGAAAUAACUUGAGAACCACUUGACCUACAAUGUUGAAACUAAAUAGGAUGAUCGGACAUGCAGAGUAGAUGACCCCUUUUUAUUUUGAGGUCACUUGAUCAAAGGUCAAGGUCACAGGAGCCUGAACAGUGACUUGAGAACCACUAGGCCAAGAGUGUUGAAAUUCAGCGGGAUGUCUGGACAUGCCAAGUAGAUGAUCGCUAUUGCAGCUAACCAUCAGUGUCUCUUUGACUUUCGCUCCUGACCCCUCUUGACUUCUUGCCUAAAGGACUUUGCAUUGGGGGAGACAUGCGCUUUUUUACAAAAGCAUUUUCUAGUUACCAAAUGGAUUUGAUUCAAACUUAAAAUACAUGUUCCACCUUAUCACCCACAUCAUGUGACACAAGGUGCAUAACUCUUGACACCAAGUUUUCAUGAAUUAUGUCCCCUUUUACUUAGAAUUUAAGGUUAAUUUUGUUGUAUUUUCACUAUAUCUCAGUUAUUACUAAAUGGAUUUGAUUCAAACUUAAAAUAGAUGUUCCACCUCAUCACCCACAUCAUGUGCCCACAUCAUGUGACACAAGGUGCAUAACUCUGACACCAAGUUUUCAUGAAUUAUGUCCCCUUUUACUUAGAAUUUAAGGUUAAUUUUGUUGUAUUUUCACUAUAUCUCAGUUAUUACUAAAUGGAUUUGAUUCAAACUUAAAACAGUUGUUCCACCUCAUCACCCAGAUGAUGUGACAUAACGUGCUUAACUCUGACAUAAAUUUUUUAUGAAUUAUGUCCCCUUUUACUUUAAAUUUAAGGUUGAUUUUGAUGUAUUUUCACUAUAUCUCAAUUAUUACAAAAUGGGUUUGAUUCAAACUUAAAAUAGAUGUUCCACCUCAUCACCCACAUCAUGUGACAUAAGGUGCAUAACUCUGACACCAAUUUUUCAUGAAUUAUGCCCCUUUUUACUUAGAAUUUAAGGUAAAUUUUGAUGUAUUUUCACUUUAUCUCAGUUACUACUGAAUGGAUUCAAUCCAGACUUUAAAUAGAUGUUCCACCUCAUCACCCACAUCAUGUGACACAAGGUGCAUAACUCUGACACUAAUUUUUCUUGAAUUGUUUCCCCUUUUACCUAGAAUUUAAGGUUAAUUUUUAUGUAUUUUCACUAUAUCUCAUUCUGAUUGGCUUAGAGCCAAAGGGAAGUAACCUUUUUUAAACUUUUGUACUGAGUUUCUUCCCCUUAAAUUCCAGGAAUUAGUCUAUUUUUAGAAAUCCUAUUUUUAGAUUUUCAGUAUUUUAGGUAUUUUUCUAACUUUUUUAUUAUAAGUCCUAUGUAGAAAGUAAAAACAUUUUUCUGUGGUAACUUGGGUCGGUAAGACCCUUUUUUUUGUAUUCACUUUUAGUGUAUCUCUAAUAUUAGAGAUUUAAUAUAUUUACUUGUUUUACUAUACUAGUAUUAUACUAGUAUUACUUAUAUGUGGAAGCCCAGGAUGAAGUACUCCAAAGUAUUUUUAAGAUUCCUUAUGGUUUCCAUUCUUCUGUGACAAGACCGUAUGGGGGGGGGGGGGGGGGGUAUGAGUCACUCCUGUGACAGUUCUAGUUGGGGAUUGCUUCCUUCUUUCAAAAAUUUUGUUGAGUUAUGAUGUUAGUUCCUAUUUAAGCCUGUUCUCUUAAAAUUGACUUUAUAGUUCCCUUCCUGUUUAAGACCGUUUUCUUUGACUCAAGGAUUGUCAAUUUCUGUUUGUCAUUCUGUCUUUCCAUUUGUCCAUUAGCUUUUUCGCAUCCUUCAUAAUUCUGCCAACUGCCUUGGUAGCCUAGUGGUAGAGUACCCGCUUAGAGUGCUGGGUGUUAUGGGUUCACUACCUGGCUGGGUCACACCAAAGACAUGAAAAAUGGUACUAGGAUAGUCCUCGCCUGGCGCUCAGCCUUAUGAGGAUAGUUCUAGGACUGGUCAGCACUGUUAGUAUAGUGUGAAUAGGUAGCGUAUCAUGUCACAUGUUUACGGCAUGAUGUUGUCAUGUGGCAGUGCUAUAAAGAUGGGCAUUGUGCUCACUUCUGUUAGUAGACACUGUUGUUAAUCAUAAUGUGACAGAAAAAUUGUUUGAAAAAGACAUUAAACACGAUUACACAAACAUAAACAUGUAACUCUGCCAUACAGCGAAUGAUUUUACUUGGUGCAGAUGUUCAACAUAUAUUUAGUUAACAAUAAUAAGUCAAAUCUAAGUCAGUAAUUAAUCAAUUACAAUUGCUUGAAUUGACUUUUGUCUCAAUUAAUAAUUACUUUCAGUUAUUUUCGAAUUUGUUAAUUUAUUAUACCCCUACAAAACGAUGUUUGUGGGGGGUGUAUAUAGGAGUGAGCUUGGCGGUCGGUUGGUCUGUUGGUUUUUGUGGUUUCCGGAUGAUAACUCGUGAAAGCCUUGACUGAUUUGAAUAAUUUUUGGUACACAGGUGUAACAUCCGAAAAUACAGGUCAAGUUCGAAUUUGGGGUCAAUAGGUCAAAGGUCAAGGUCACAGUGACCCUGAACAGUUAAACGGUUUCCGGAUGAUAACUUGAGAACGCUUGGGCCUAUGAUCAUAUAUUUUUGUACACGGGUGUAACAUCAUGAAACACAGGUCAAGUUCGACUUUGGGGUCUGUAGGUCAAAGGUCAAGGUCACAGUGACUCGGAACAGUUAAAUGGUUUCCGGAUAAUAACUUGAGAACACUUGAGCCUAGGAUCAUAAUUUUUGGUACACAGAUGUAACAUCAUAAAAAACAGGUCAAGUUCGAUUUUGAGGUCUGUAGGUCAAAAUUCAAGGUCACAGUGACUCGGAACAGUUAAACGGUUUCAAGAUGAUAACUUGAGAACGCUUGGAUCUAGGAUCUUAAAUUUUUGUACACAGGUGUAACAUGAUUAAAUACAGGUCGUAUUCGACUUUGAGGUUAGAGGUCAAAGGUCAAGGUCACAAUAACACGAAACAGUUAAACGGUUUCCAGAUGAUAACUUGAGAAUGUUUGGGCCUAGGAUCAUGAAAAUUGAUAGCGAGGUUGGUUAUGACCAGCAGAUGACCCCUAAUGAUUUUGAGGUCAGCAGGUCACAGGUCAAGGUCACAGAGACCCAGAACACUUAAACGGUUUUCGGACAACUUCACAACGCUUGGGACUAGGAUCACGAAAUUUAAUAGGGAGGUUGGUCAUGACCAGCAGAUGACCCAUAAUUAUUUUGGGUUCCAAAGAUCAAAGGUCAUUUAAAUCUUUUCCGGACAAUAACUUGAGAAUGCUUGGGCCGAGAGUCAUAAAACUUUAUAGGGAGGUUGAUCAUGACCAGCAGAUGACCUCUAUUGAUUUUGAGAUCAGUAGGUCAAAGGUCAAGCUUAGUUCUUUGACAAGGCCAUAUUGUGGGGGUAUAAUUCGUCACUCCUGUGACAACUCUAGUUUCAUUUUACUGUCAAAUCGUCGAAUAGUGGAUCGCGCUGUCUUACGGACAGCUAUUGUUAUGCCCCCGAAGGGAGGCAUAUUAGUUUUCAACUGUCCGUCCGUUCGUUAAUUAGUUCGUUCUUUCGUUCGUUAGUCACAACGUUAACUUUUUGCAUGUAGGCAUUUUACUCGCGAACCACUGCACCUUCAAGCUUCACGUGGUGAUAGUACUUAUUGAGUACACCACCCCUACUGACUUUGGGGUCACCAGGUCAAAGGUCAAGGUCACAGGGGCCAACGUUAACCUUUUGCAUGAAGGCACUUUACUCGCGAACCACUACACCCAGGACCUUCAACCUUCACAUGCUGAUAGUACUUUAUGAGUACACUGUCCCUACUGACUUUGGGGUCACCAGGUCAAAGGUCAAGGUCACAGGGGCCAACGUUAACUUUUUGCAUGAAGGCACUUUAUAUGCGAACCACUUCACCCAGGACCUUCAAUCUUCACAUGCUGAUAGUACUUAUUGAGUACACCACCCUUACUGACUUUGGGGUCACCAAGUCAAAGGUCAAGGUCACAGGGGGCAACAUUAUCUUUUUGCAUGAAGGCACUUUACUCGCGAACCACUUCACCCAGGACCUUCAAACUUUACAUGCUGAUAGUACUUUAUGAGUACACCAUCCGUACUGACUUUGGGGUCACCAGGGCAAAGGUCAAGGUGCUGCGGGGGCAUUUGUCACCAUUAGUGACAGCUCUUGUUUAGAAUAUUCGACACUAUUUCAUUUAAAAAUCUCUAAAAUUUUGACACAAAAUUAUGUAUAUAAUCACAUUCAUACACCUAAUGUGGCGAAAUUAUAAAUAAACAACGUUGCAAAGUAUCAAAAGCUCCUAUAUGUGCCUCUUGGAUGACAAGUGUAUAAACAUAACAAUUGCUUUCGUUCUAUGUUGCUUCGUACGUUCGUGCUUCGCACCAUGUUUGGUGCUGGACAUACUGACUAUAUUUUUUUCGAUAUAAAUGCCGUAUAUUGUUUUUGAGGAGGAAAUUGUUUCUAUUUCACCUCGUUUUUUGGCUUUUUUUUUUAGUCAAGGGACGUGAAAUGCUGACCUUGCUUGUAUGCGCCUAAACUGUUCCAAAUCCUUCGUAACGUGUUGUGAGUAAUGUAAUAUGACAAUCACAAUGUUAGCGUAGUAUAUCCGAGUAGUAGUAGUAUUACGUACUAGCAUUUGGCAGUCAAUAAAAUUACAAUGUACAAGCA